AAUAAACCCUACAAUCACACUCAACAGAAACCCCAUCACCUCUAAUCAUCUCUUGCUCUGCUCUGCUUCUCUCAGAACCAGAGCAUCAGCAUGGCCACCUUCACAUUCCCUCUCCUUCUCUCUCUCCUCCUCCCACUUUUCGCUUUUGCAGCUGCUGCUGGUACUGUUGGAAUAAACUACGGCAGGAUAGCGGACAACUUACCACCGCCCGAAAAGGUGGUGGCACUCUUCAAAUCCCAAGGCAUUAACAAAGUGAAGCUCUACGACACCGACGCCGCUGUCCUCACCGCCCUCGCCAACUCCGGCAUUGGAGUCGUCGUCGCCAUCCCCAACGAGCUCCUCUCCUCCGCCGCCAGCGACCCCUCAUUCGCCGACAAAUGGGUCCAAUCCAACAUCUCCCAAUACCACCCCAAAACCCAAAUCGAAGCCAUCGCCGUAGGCAACGAGGUCUUUGCCGACCCGAACAACACCACCCAAUUCCUCGUCCCCGCCAUUAAAAACAUACAGUCUUCCCUCGUCAAGUACAACCUCAGCUCCAUCAAACUCUCCUCCCCGUUCGCCCUUAGUGCCCUGAAUUCCUCGUACCCGCCUUCUGCCGGGGCCUUCAAACCCGACUUAAUCGAACCCGUCAUCAAACCGUUUCUGGAAUUUUUAACCCAAACGUCGUCGUAUUUGAUGAUAAACGCGUACCCAUUUUUCGCGUACGAGUCCACCUCCGAUAAGAUUUCUCUCGACUACGCUCUGUUCCGGACCAACCCGGGAAAUCCGGACUCGGGUAACGGGCUGAAGUACUACAGUUUGCUCGAUGCCCAAAUCGACGCCGUUUUCGCCGCCAUGUCGGCUGUCGGAUACGGUGACAUAAAGUUGGUGGUGACCGAGACCGGGUGGCCCUCCAACGGCGACGAGAACGAGAUUGGCGCGGGGAAAGCCAAUGCGGCGGCGUAUAACGGAAACUUGGUGAAGAGAGUUUUGACGGGAGGUGGGACCCCCUUGAAGCCAAACGACCCGCUCAACGUCUAUCUAUUCGCUCUGUUUAACGAGGAUCAGAAGACCGGGCCCACAUCGGAGAGGAACUACGGUCUGUUUUAUCCGGACGAAACGAAGGUUUACGACAUUCCGCUUACGGUGGCUGGGCUGAGUGGGGCCCAGUCAUCGCCGGCCAACAAGAGCAAGGUUCAGGUCCCGGCAGCGUCGCCCUCUGCGGGGAACACGUGGUGCGUGGCGAAUGGGAAGGCAGGGGAGGAGAAGCUUCAGGCCGCACUGGAUUAUGCUUGCGGAGAAGGAGGAGCUGACUGCCGUUCGAUCCAGGAAGGGUCCACGUGUUUUAAUCCUAAUACGCUUGAGGCGCACGCUUCGUACGCUUUCAAUAGUUUUUAUCAGAAGAAAGCACGCGGGACCGGCACGUGCGAUUUCGGUGGUGCUGCCUACGUUGUUGCUCAACCUCCAAGUUAUGGGACGUGCGAGUUUCCGACACGUUACUGAAUGAAGAAAUUAAGAUGGGGUUGUUUUAGUUUGGUGAAUAAUUAUUCGGACAUUGGUUGGGACUUAAAUUAUUUUUUGGUAUAGAUUUUAGAACAGUUUGGGCACCUAUCUGAUUUGUAUUUGUAUUUAUUUAUUGCUAUCACCAUUAUUUAAUGAAUAUAGUGAUUUGGAUUGGUUA